AAUCAGAGUCCCCAGAUGCUGGCAGAGAGAGCACAGUCCUACACCGGCCAGAAGAUCGAAACUCAUGCCAGGGACCAGCAGAGAGAGCUGCUGCCUGCCUGUGGAAGGAGUGUGUGCCCUCCUGCCAGAGUUCAGCCCUGCUCACCAGCCCUCAGCCUUGUCCUGCCCUUCUGCCCUGUGAGUACUGCUACUUCCUUUGGGGUUUUCCACAGCCAGGCUCUCCAGGUGGGAGCUCGCAGUGCUGUCUCUGUCUCCUAGACAACCUCCCUCCUGCUAGUCUUCUCUCACCACCCCAGAGGCAAACGAAGGACCACCCUGAGCAGAAACGCACAACCUCUGCUGUUGGCCCUUGAAGGGUGUCCCUCUGGUGUCUGGCAUUCAGCACCCUAGCAAAAAGGUCACCUGCUGCUGCUGAGCCCCUUUGUGGGGCUUCUCAGAUGCCAGACCCACUAGAUGACUCUCAGGAGCUCCAUGGAGACCUGGCGGAAAGGCUCCUUCCGCAAUGCCUCCUUUUUCAAGCGAAUCACCCUGGGGCGGCCACGGAGACUGCAUCGACAGGGCAGCAUACUUAGCCAGGCCAGCACUGCUGGUGGUGACCAUGAGGAGUACAGCAACCGGGAAGUCAUCCGAGAACUGCAAGGGAGGCCAGACGGCCGGCGUCUGCCCUUGUGGGGGGAUGAGCAUCCCCGAGCCACCCUACUGGCCCCACCCAAGCCCCCACGCCUCUACCGAGAGAGCUCCAGCUGCCCCAACAUUCUGGAGCCCCCAGCAAGCUACACAGCUGGCUACUCGGCCACCCUGCCUUCAGCAAUCUCCCUGACAGGGCCGCUUCACCAGUGCUCAGAGGAGGCCCUUUCGGACACUCCCCACUUCCCGAGGACACCUACUCCGGACCUCAGUGACCCUUUCCUCUCCUUCAAAGUGGACCUGGGGCUUUCACUUCUGGAAGAAGUUCUGCAGAUUCUAAAGGAGCAAUUCCCAAGCGAGCCCCACUUCUGACCUGGUGAGAGUAGCGAGAACUGGGGUGACUGGAGGAAUGGCGCCUGUGGACCCAGGCGAGGAAGGUACAAUGUGGACUAAAGAACAGGUGGGGACCAGAAGCCACAGUUCUCCCUGCCCUCUGGCUGCUGACCAAUCCUUCAAGUCGCCCAAAGUGAAGGGGCAAAAGCCAGCUGGGAAUGUAUGGGAGUCACUUUCUGGCAGGAGUCCUGAAGGAAGCUGGAGAGACCAGGAAAAGGAAACUCCAACCUGCAACCACGGAACCAGUCAGAGGUCAGUGGAGAGACAGGCAGGCACAGGGGCGAGCCAGGAAAUAGGACUCAGCCUGGGCAGAGCAGCCUCUAAAGACCACGUCACAGAAACAGAAAGUCACAGGCCAGUCUAGGAAGACAUAGUCUAACUGAGAUGAAAGGGAAGUGGGGAGGUCAGAGAGGCAGGACUAGACAAGUCACCACUUACGGCGCAGGACUGUUUAAUGAAGGAAAAGCAAACUGAGAAGUCAGCUCCAGAGGCUGAGGAAUGGCUCAGUGGAUACAGUGCUUGCUAUGCAAGCAGGAGGGCCUGAGAUUAGACCUCCAGUACCCGAGUAUAAAAGGCAGGCAGGGAUGCUAGCCCAUCUGGAAUGCUGGUGCUCAGGUUGGAGAAGCUAGGGAUCCCAGGGGCAGCUGCCUGGUUAGGUUGCCAAAUCGGCACAGUCCAGGCCCAGCAAGAGAGCCUGCCUCAGAAAAUAAAACACCGAGAACAAUUGAGAAAGACAUCUGAAAUCAACCUGUGACCUCCACUUCACACACACAGACACACACACACACACACACACACACACACACACACAGACUCACAGACACACAGACACACCAUCCAGACACAAACACAAAGAAAAUUUCAGUUAUUUUUCAUCCUAGCAAAUUUUUAUUUGUUUGUUUUUGAGAUGAGGUCUCAUAUGUAGUGAGGGUGGCCUUGAACUUCUUAUCCUCCCACCUCCACCUCCGGAGCCUGGGAUUACUCAUGUGUGUGUGUGAUCAAACCCAGGUUUUUUUUUAUGAGACACUGGGGAUCAAAUCCAGGGUUUCAUGUAUGCUAAGCAAGUACUCUACCUAAAUGAGCCACAUGCCAGCCCUCUAGCCACAUUUUAAAGAUGUUUUCAAAAAUUAUUCUUAAUUGUGUGUGUGUGUGCACACAAACAAGUAUAUACAGGUACAUGCAGAGGGCAAAGGUGUUGGAUGCCCCUGGAGCUAGAGUUACAGGCAGUUGUGAGCCACCUGAUGUGGGUGCUAGGAAUUGAACUCAGGGCCUCUAGAAGAGCAGUAUGUGUUCUUAAUUGCUGAGCCAUCUCCCCAGCCCACUUAGGCACAUUUUAAAUCAACAGCCACAUCUGACUGACGGCUACUGUACUGGAUGACAGAGCAUAAACACCGACACUGUUAGACCAAAGUCCACUGGAUGGCGCUGGCCAGACACAGUAUGUAACCAUCAGAAGCUUGGGCAAGGAAGGAAAGUUGCCAGCUCUGGGCUGCAGGUGCAGGAGGGGCUGACAGCAGGAGAGGUAGACAGAGGAAAAUGCAGGGGAAAGGCCUAACAUCAUUAGCAAACACAGCAUGAGACUCAAGCUUCCCACAGAUCUGUAAGCAAGUACUCUAGGAAGAAGCUCCUGGAACCAGCAGCUGCAAAGGAGUGCUCUGGGAACUUCCACAGGCAUUGUAUGUGGAACCUCUGGGAAAGGCUGCAGGAACAGUACAGGGAUAACCAGAUCAGAAAGGACAAUGCACCACCAAGAGGCUCCAGGAUCCUCCACCAGGCCCAAGACAGGGCAAGGCUACAAACUGUGCUACUCCCUGCCCUGUGGCUGGGUCAGAUCUGAAUCCAGAGCCCAGAAGCACUGGACCAUGUGGGUCUGGCCUCCAGGUCACUCAAGUGUGAAAGAAGGGUAAAGGAAGCUGUGACACACACUGCCUGAUAAAUCCACAUCUGUGACAUCUCUCUUUCCUGUUCCUGUGCAGAGGUACUCAGCUUCAAGCCUCCUCUGGAAACAGGAGGCAACCAAUAAAGGUUUUUCUAAUAUGA